AUGCAGGAUCCAGCAGCUUAUUAUCAGUCGAUGAUGGCGAAACAGCAGCAACCGCAAUUUCCGGAGCAAGAGCAGCUAAAGUGUCCACGCUGUGACUCACCCAACACCAAAUUCUGCUACUACAACAACUACAAUCUGUCACAGCCCCGUCACUUCUGCAAAAGCUGCCGCCGUUACUGGACCAAAGGCGGCGCUCUACGCAACGUCCCCGUCGGCGGCGGUUCUCGCAAGAACGCCAAACGAUCCACUUCCUCUUCUUCUCCUCCUUCCAACACCCACAACAAGAAGACCAAAAACCCGGAUCCGGAUCCGAAUUCUCAGAGCGGGACCAAACCGGAAAUGGAUCCGACCCGGAUGCUGUACGGGUUUCCGAUCGGAGACCAGGACGUGAAAGGUAUGGAGACCGGAGGGAGUUUCAGCUCGCUGUUGGCGUCGAAUAUGCAGCUGGGUCUUGGAGGGAUCAUUCUUGAUGGGUCGGGUUGGGAUCCGGGUAUGGGUUUGGGUAUGGGUUUGAGGAGAAGCGAGGCGGGUAAUAACGGUGGUGGUAACCCGUGGACCGAUCUGGCUAUGAACAGAGUGGAGAAAAACUGA